AUGGCGCUUGCGAUCCUUUGCGCUGUCCUUUCGCUUCUCGCUACACUGACCUGCGCGUUUACCGACGACCGUCAAGCGGGACUCCAACAUGCACCCGAUAAGGAGACGCGGAUAGCCAUCAUCGGUGCAGGAUUCAGCGGCGCUAGCACAGCGUACCAUUUACGCGAGAAUGCUCCUCCGGACCAACCACUCUCGAUCACGAUCUUCGAAUCUAGCGAACGUAUCGGCGGACGAGUGGCUUCAUUCAUGGUACCGGAUACCCAGAACAGGACCAUUCUCGAAACCGGUGCCCUCAGUUUCUUUACGGACGAUAUAUGUAUCACGCAAAGCGUUGAGAAGCUCAAUUUGACUCUUGUAGACAAGACAACAUGCUGGUCGCUCCUGGGAUGUCUUCACAGCCCAUUAAGAAGAACAGGCAUUUGGAACGGCAAGACGAUCGCCGGUAGGCCAUUACUUGCUUUGCGGCUAAGCGAAUGGUUAAAUAAGCACGGUCUGCUCUGGCUUGUGAAACCAGUCAUUUGGUCCAACAACAUGUCCAUAUGGGAUACCUUGCGUCUCCUCCACUGGAACGAUUUGAAGCUAGACCCUGAGCUGCAGGCCUCGUGUGAGUUCGCGUCGCCAUCAAUUUGGAGACGUAUCUACAUGCGUUACGAUUACGGCAGCUCGCCUGGGCUCUUCCGACGAGCAGUCCACACCACGACUGAGAAGUUUCAGCAUUUUGGACGUCGGGGUCGCUUCGAUAAUCUUGCCAACGAAUUACAGAGGGUGGGGUUAGACGACGGUACUUCGACACUCUCCGCUGCAAAAUAUCUGACAGGUCUUGGUAUCAGCGAGCGGUACCAGUCGGAGGUCAUCGAGCCAUGUGUACGCGCGCGCUCCUCUCUUGAUCUAACGCAGGUUAGUGCUAUGGAUGCGAUGAUGGCUUGCAGAGAGUCAAAGGAAACAUCUUUAGUGGGCGGCAACAUCCGGCUUGUAGGCGCAAUGCUGAACGCCUCGUUAGCGGACUUGCAACUGCGAAGCGAGGUAAUUGGCGUUGAACAUGGCCAAGAUCGGCGCUACAAAGUCUCAAUUGCGGAUGCAUCAGAUCUCGCAUUAGAUGAAGACCGAGAGUUUGAUGUAGUCGUGCUGGCGGCCCCCGUUCAUCGCAGUCCGCUACUUGACAGCCUCCAACAGCUGGGCUCGCUGCCGAAGAACCUCUUAUCAUCACCAAGUUAUACCUCAACACACGUUACCUACUUCGCUACCGAGCAUGCCUUCAAAUCGAAAUAUCUCAACUUGGCCGUUGACGCUGACAUCCCUGACCGUCUUCUGAAGACAUCCGCGGAGUCCAACCUGAUGUCGCUCACCAAGUGGGACGGAAUGGGUUUCUACUGGGAAGACCGGUUUUGGCGCAAGAGGCCCUGGAUGACACCAAGCAAGCCGGAAGACUAUGAGUGUGCGAACGGCAGAUUCCAUUACGAAAACUUGUAUCGUGUUAUGACCCGUCGACACGUCUCCGAUCGCGAGCUUGCUGCCAUGAUUGGGAAGAGCUGGGAGGGUGGUCAAAAUGCUACCGAUGUCGGCUUCAGCUGGGUGCAUCGACAAGAAUGGAACAAAUCGUUCCCGAAAUUCGGUGAUGAGAGGGAUAUAUUGGAAGAUAUUGAGGUGAUGGAGGGUCUUUUCUGGCUUGGUGGUUCGGAUGAGGUCAUGUCUUCACUCGAGAUGAGUUGUAAAAUGGGGAGGAAUGUGGCCUCGAAAAUCAUACACGCGCAGGACCGAGAAACCUCUAGGCGCGCACAUGGCGAAUUGUAG